AUGGCUACUACUGAAGAUAUCGAUGAAGCUGAGCAACUUAGAUGUUUAGCAUUAAAAUCUAUGGUAAAACGAUCAAUAAAAAAAAAUUCUAAAAUAAAAUCUGAUGAAAGUGAUGAUAAUGAUAUACUAUUACUACGAGCAGCUGCUCUCAAAACAAUUGCUCAUAAAAAAAAUACAAAAAAGCGUUCAUUAAUUGAUAAGGAUAAUAAGUUAAUAAAAAAUAAAUUAUUAAGAGGAAGAAAGAGAACUUCAAGUAAAAAAGUAUUGAAAAUGAAAAAUAAAAUGAAAUCAAUUGAAAGUAAAAACAAAUUUAUCAAUAAUAAUAAUAAUAAUAAUACCAAUACAAAAUUAUCCAUUGAAGACUUAAAAUAUAAUUCUGAAAUAAAAAAAGAGGAUCAAUUAAAAUUUAAACCUAAAACCGAAACUAUAAUUGAUCCUACUGUUGACAUAAAUGAAGACGUUAAGAAAAUUGUUAGAAAUGGAAGUAUACAGCUUUCAAAUUUAGAUUCAGAUAAAUAUAAUGAAACAAUGGUUUUACAUAUAACAUUUAGUUCAUCAGAAAGUGAGGAUUCAUCCAGUGAUUCCAUUAAAUCAUUCAGUGACUCCACUAAAUCAAAUGUAUGUAAAUAAACUAAAAAUAAUUAUACAGUUUAUUUAUUUAUUAAUAAUAAUCUAACUAAAUUUGAUAAUACAGAAUAAUGCUCUAAAAAAUAUACCACAAGUCACAAGUCUAGCCACAAUUAUGAGUCCCAACACUGAAACUGACAUUGAAUCAAAAACCAAUAGGUAAGAAUUUUGAUUAAAUAUUUUUUUAUUAUUUUUUUUUUUUUAAACCUAGUUUAUGAUGUUAUUGUACCUAUAUAUAUCUACUUUAACCUGUUAUGUUUAAUAACCCUUAUUAUGUCAAUAUUGUUAAAAGUCUCAUUUGAUGUUAAUAAUUAGGUAUAUUGGACUAUUCUCACACAAAUCACAACCACACUAAAUUUUUACAGAGAUAAUAUUAAAACUCAAUGGAACUUCAGGACGCCACUAAAUUCCUAUGUCACAAGUUUCAAUUUAUUUCUAUACAUACCUACUUACUUAUUUCAUUGUACUCAUCACUUUUGUAGUUGCAAAGUGUAUCCGACUCCUGAGUGAGUGAUUUUGACUUGACUGCCUACUUUAAACAUCUUAUUCAUUUUUAUUCAAAUUAAUUUCGAGUUUUUUAUCUAUUAUUUUUAUUUACAUUAAUUGCUACCUUUCUUUUAAAGUUGUACCAAUAAUUAAAAUAUUAAAUUGGUUUUAUUUAUGCCUUUUUUUUAAAUAUGAUUUUAUUGUAAAUAUAAAUAAUUGUAUACUUAUACAAUUAUAACUUUAAUAAUUUAUUUUAAAUGUAUUAAAUUAUAAACUAGUUCCACAAUAAUUUAUUGAUUUAAAGUUUUUUACUAAUAACCUAGGUAUUUUGUGUUGUUUCAAUAAAAUAACAAAAAUGCUAGGUAACGUUUUUUUAUGUAUAUUGUUACCACAAGGCUGUAACUGAAAUAUUUUCAAAGCAGAAAACUAAUUUAAUAAUAAUAAUUGGUCAGAUUGAUUGACAAAAAUCCCCUUCAAAUUAUCAGUUAUGGCCUUUUGUUAUAACAUAAAUAGUAAAUAGAUCACAAUAAGAGAUUUUAUUUGUUUAAAUCUAUAUUAAUUUUCAUUACUGUAUAAUUAGCUAUAAGUUAUAAAUGAUUAUUUUGUGAAUGUUUGUGUUUUUUUUUUGUUUUUUUUUAUUUAUUAAAGAUUAAAAUAUCUUAUGCAAAAGUUAGUCGAGCUAAUGCAACAUUGUGAAACUGAUGUCAAAAACCGUGAUCAGCAAAUAAGAAUAUUUUUGGAAGCAUAUAACAAGUAUCAAAACUAUAAUCAGUCAUUGUACUCCACACUUGUGUCAUUGCAAGAAGUCCGUGAUGAAUUAGCAAGUGUUAGUUCUUUAGAUUUAAAAACCACCAAUAGUUAA